AUGGAAGAUGACGUAAUCCAGGAAAAGAACGAACACAUCAAUGCAAAGGAAGAGGAUUUGAGCACUUCGGAGAAUCCGCGAGCAGGCCAGUAUGGCGAGAGGGACAUCAUCCAAGAAGAAAAAAGCGUAAUUCGUGUGAAAGUCCAGCAGAAGAAGGGAACAAAGAAAGUGACCAUCAUUGAAAACAUACCGAUGGAGCUUAGGGAAAGCCUUCUGUCUUCCCUCAAGAGGGAAAUGGGCUGCGGUGGAAUACUCCUCGAUGACAAAUCAUCGAUCCAGCUGCAGGGAGAUAAGACGAACAUGGGGAUUGUCACCUACCUAAAAAAAUACAUUAAGGACUGCAGGGUUGAGCUGAAUGGAAGAGUUAGAUAA